AGAACGAGUGGGUGAUUAAUAAAUGACAUAAUUUUGAUUUUUGGGUGAACUAACCCUUUAAGAUUUUAUUAAUUUACAUUACUUUUCCAGGUCCAAAAAUCCCACUUCUAAAAUUAGGCUAAUUAAAAUUUAAAUAUCUUUAAGUCAUGUUGAGGCCCCAUUGGAAGUUUGCUGAAGCCCCCUGUCAGAGAACCACUGGUUUAUAGAAGUUGAAUAUGCAUAUGCCUUCAAACGUCAUUAAAGGCAUUAGCCUACACGUUUUGCUCAUAUUCGUUUGCAGUAACCUACCUUUAACUAGUGAGUAGACAUAGCACUUAAAUUAUAUUUUUUGUUUCUUCAUUUCUCAUAAAGUCAAUCUCCCAUUACAGUUGAAAAGCAGACAUUACACGUUUUUCUUGAAUUAGGUGACAACACUUUGUAGCCUAAAUGUUUUUAUUCCGCACCCGCAUGAAGGUGAGACUCAGCAGUCUCAUAACGGAACUGAGAGUGUCAUUUCAUGAACAAAGAGCUCACGGUCGUCAGCCGGCAGGCAUGGAUAAGUUAAAACCUUUGCUUAGCUUCACUCAGAAACAGCAGACCAAUUUAGGAUUCGGAUUAAUUGCUCUUUUAACCGCGGGUGGCGAGCACGUCUUCUCGGUCUUUGCUUUUAAGUGUCCUUGCAAUGAUUGGAAUUUCAUUUAUGGAAACGUCUGCCUCCUCGUACCCGCUGUUGCACUGCUCAUCCUAAGUUACAUGUUGAGCAAUAAAACAUGGAAACUUUUCACAGGUCUGUGCCUUAGGAAAUCGAAACUAUGUCGUUUUAAUUACGCAUUUGGCUUUGUGUGUGUUUUUCUUCAAAUCACCGUGACUGCAAUGGUCGCACCUCUCAGCUGGAUCGCAAUUGCGCUACUCAAAGGGGUGUAUUUCGAGUGCUCAAUGACUGGCGCCAACGUUACUCUCUUUAGAAGCCACCUUUGCAACGAAAAGUUUCCUCACUGUCGGACAGAGUUGGAGAAGUUCCCUUGUGAAGGAACUACAAUUCCACAAAGUGAGAGAACAGCUGUUCUGUCCAUUAUACGCGCAGAGUCUCAGGUACUUGGUUGGAUUCUGAUAGCAUCUGUCAUGAUGUUCACCUUUCUGCUCACAUGCAUGGCCAGAUGCUAUUCUCCAAUCAGUUACAUGCAGCUGAGGUUUUGGAGGAUGUACACUCAGAAGGAGAGUGAGUUUUUGGACAGCUAUACAGCUCAGCAUGCUGAAAAGCUUGCUAAGAGAAACAUAACAAGUUUCUUUGAGUUAACCAAACCCAUUCCUAUGAAAAGUCCUCCCAGACAGGCCUGGCAGAAGAUCUCCUCCUUCUAUAAGUUCCGAAGCAUGGAUGAAUACUACAGCAUCCUGCACAAAUAUGUGUGCACUUGUGAGGACCUUGAGAAUCCAGCAGUGAGGGCUUCAGUGAAAUCUGAUGAUUUUUCAAACCCAGCAGCACUUGCAUUUGUGGACGAGAGCAAACUGGUCCUGUAGAUGUGCAUGCUGUCUAACUGACAGCUUUUAAUGCUUUGUUUUGGGUGAUAUAGCUGUAAAGAUGGCCUCGCUUCAUUUUUUGUGCCUUUUACAAUGUCAAUUCAUUGUUGUUUUUAGUCUUGCUAUAUUUUAGAUUUUCUUUUGAAUACUGCCAUUUUAUGAUUUUAACAUUGCUGGGUUUUUACUAUUGUUUAAUUUUUGUUUUGUCUUUCAAUAUCAUUUUUCAUAUGAAUAAUAAAAAAGUUUCUGUUUAUGGCAAGU